UUGUAUGUGUCUGAGAAAUACAGUGGCUCAUAAUUGGGAACUGAGAAGCAGCGAUGGAGGACGAGAGGCAAACUAUAUACAAAAUAUCAAGGACGAUAAAACGCAGAGAGAGCAGUCUCUACAAUGCCUUACGCUCCAUCUACGAGGACUCCAUUUUUGUCGGAGAAAUCUCUCAGUUGUGGCCGGACCUGCCUCUGCUCGCCAACCUCCGAUGUGGCCUUUGGUACUACCCUAAAUUCCACUCCAAUUGCUACUUUAAAUCCACUGAUGGCCACACCAACAAUUUGUCUUUCAGCACUUCUCGUCUCAAUCUCCACGUUGCCGUCCUUGCUGGACAGCAGGGAGGAUGCAUGAUUGUUGAUUCGACAAGGAAAGGGAAGAGAUUUCCUGACAGCAUGUCCAAAACUAUUCCAAUUUGGACCUGUGUUUUAAACCGUGCAAUUUAUGGGUAUAGGGCAAGAGUUGACUGCAAUUAUUCUUCGGAUAUU